AUGAAUGAGAAUUUCUAUGGUGUAUUAGAAACAAGAAACAUCGAUAGAGUUCAGGUUGGAGAUCUUGAGUACCAAACAUGGUAUGGGAACUCUCUAUACUUUGGUAAUGAUUGCAAAACUUUGGGGUACAAAUACCUGCACCUUGAUAGUCGGUUAAAGAAAGUGGUGAAGAAACAACCCAGCGAUAUUUGGCUAGACAAAUUGUAUGUUUGUGGGCACUGUUUUAAAUACACUGAUGAAUCAGAAUCAAUGGAAGAACACCGCCAGUGUUGCAAAUAUGCCACAAAACAACCAGGAAGAGUCAAGUACAAAGACUCUCAGUACACUAUAAGAAAAGUGAAAGGUUCCAGACAUGAAUUGUUCACUCAAUGCUUAUGCCUAUUUGCCAAACUAUUCCUUGAUAGCAAAUCUAUCUUCUUCUCCGUGGAAAAUUUUGAUUUCUAUGUGGUGUAUGGUGAAGUAGAUGGCCGUCCAACUCCAAUGGGGUAUUUCUCCAAAGAGAUACUACAGUGUUUUGAUGAGAACAACCUAGGAUGUAUCUGUGUUUUCCCCCCUUAUCAAAAUAGAAAGUUAGGUACUUUGCUAAUUUCAUUUUCUUAUGAACUUUCAAGGUACCAAGGAAUCAUAUCUGGCCCAGAACAUCCGCUAUCAACGUUUGGUAAAGUCAGUUAUAUUAAUUUUUGGAGCAAGUAUCUUGCCCACGAGUUUCUAUAUGGACGCUUCAGAUAUAUUGAAAAUAUAACCAUUGACGAAAUAGCAAGAUACACUGGGUUUAGACAAGAGGAUGUGGUGACAGCUCUUGAAAGUAUGCAUGCGCUUCGGAAAGUGCCGUUACAAGAUAGUCCCGGGGACAGCAAUAAAUUCCUGCUACUUGUGCUGAAGACAGCGAUGGAACAAUGGGUCACUGGGAAAAAUGUUAAUUUGGAACUGCUACGAAUAUUUGACGACCACGCGGUGAUAUUUGAAUGA